CUUAAACCCGGCGUCAAGUACCGAAUGAUUCAUUUCUUUCUUCUCCCCGCCAUUUUGUAACAAGCAGUCUACAAAUUUAAUCUCGUGCGUAAUAUAAAGUUUAGUGAAUAUUUUGUGAAAAAAUAGUGUUUACGAUUUAUUUUAUAUACAAUGGUCCCGCAAACGAAAGUGUUCGUCGGUAGCCUGCCGCAGGGCUCGAAGCCCGAGGAUCUUCGCAAGCUCUUCGAACGCUUCGGGAUCGUCACAGAAUGUGAUAUCAUGAACCGGUGCGGCUUCGUGCACAUGCAGACGGAGGAGCAGGCGUCGGCCGCUAUCCGUAGCCUCAAUAAUACCACGUUCAACGGCGCCGUGAUCUCGGUGGAGCGGGGCCGCAUCAAGGAACGUGGGCAGCGUGGCGGCGGACGCGGCGGGAUGCGCGGAGGUAUGCGUGGCGGCAUGGAGCGGCGCGGCGGCGGGCCCAUGCGCGGCGCACGCGACGCGCCCUACAUGCGCGAGGCGCGGCCGCUCGGCCACAUGCGCGCCGGCGACAUGCGCGGCCCGCCGAUGCCCGCCAUGGGCAUGGGCGCGCGCAACGGCAUGGGUUAUGAGCGUGGACCCGAGCGAGCGCCGGCUGGCUAUGACGACCGCUACAACGGCUACGGCGGCGAAGACAGGCGCGGCUUCGCGCUCAUGGACGGUCGUGCGCGCGAUCCUUACGCAGCUCCGGCGCCGCUGUACCCGGAGGAGCGGCGCGGCUACGGCGUGGAGGAGAUCCCCGUGCUGGACAGCUACGAGCGCCGCGCGCCGAUGUACGACGACCGUGAGCUGCUGGACCGACGCGCACCCAUGCGCGGCGCGCCCAUCCCCAUGGUGGGCGGCUACGACCGCCCCGCGCCGCGCGCAGCGCCCAUGGGCAAUGGCGACAUGUUCAGCAGGCGCUCCCCCAUGCACAGCGGCUACGACCGGGACCCCUACGCACAGCAGUACGCCCCCAUGGGACGCGGGGCCGGCGGCGCGGCGCGCGGCGGUAGAGACGGCGGCAUGGCGCCGCGCCGCUACUGAGCGGCGGCGUCCGGGCGGCCGGAUAACUAGCAUAAGUAGCAUAAGUCCACGUGAACAAACUGUACAGUCUACCCGAACGGUACACGUAUCGAGGCGUCGCGUCGCGUUCGUAAGCGAUAUGUGAGCGGUGCGGACGACCGCAGUAGGUUGAGAUUACACGGUAAGCCGACGUAGAUGUAAGGAACCGAUUCAUCAUGUGAAAUUAAAAAAAUAAAUGUAAGUGAUUUGUACGGCCGAUUUUCAUUUUACCUGAACAAGUCGCACGGUAUGCGGUCAGCGUAUCGCGCCCCGAAACAAUGUCGGAAUAAUUUAUUAAGAAUCUAGUUUAAGUUGUAAAUUGUCAUAUAGAUUAAACUUUCUUAUUGGUAGCAUC